UUCGGCUGCUCCGACUCCUCCGGUUUCUUUUCUUCAAGAUACUAGUUGUUGUACGUUCCUUUCCGUUCAUGUCUUUGCUCCGGAGUAGCGUCGUAGUCGGCUCCGUCACAGAGGAAGCAGGUGCCGCCAUCUAUUGGAGCAAAAUGGAAACCAAGCGAGCACCUCCCUGACGUCACUCAGUUUGAUGAGAGGCUGUGGCGCGGGAGGGUGUGGCGGAGCGUUGUGUCGAGAAUAUUGUAACCUGAAGGCUUGUGUGGCGUGGGAUAGCGCCGCCGCGGACUGCUGACGAGGGCUAGAGGACGCCGGAGCGGAGGCCUAGCCUGCAGAAGGUGUGUACUGGGGUGUCUUGGGUGUCGCCCGGUGGAGUGUGGACCAUAUGUGCGGGUGUAGAGAGAGCAGCAACCAAUGAGACGCGAGAGACAUGAUGGACGACAACAGCAAGCGGCAGGGGACCAGAGUAUUUAAGAAAAGUUCUCCGAAUGGAAAAAUCACCGUCUACUUAGGGAAGAGAGACUUUGUUGACCACAUCACACACGUAGACCCAAUAGAUGGUGUAGUGUUGAUCGACCCCGAGUAUCUGAAGGACAGAAAGGUAUAUGGACAUGUCUUAUCUGCCUUUCGGUAUGGCCGCGAAGACCUGGAUGUUUUGGGCCUCACAUUUCGCAAGGACCUGUACCUAGCGUCAGAGCAGAUCUUUCCCCUUGACACUGCCAGCAAGAGGGCCCUCACUAGGUUACAGGAACGCCUCAUCAAGAAAUUAGGACCAAAUGCCUUUCCGUUCUUCUUUGAGCUUCCCCCUCACUGCCCAGCGUCGGUCACGCUGCAGCCUGCACCGGGGGACAUGGGCAAACCCUGUGGGGUUGACUAUGAACUUAAGGCAUAUGUUGGGGACAGUGUCGAUGACAAACCUCAUAAAAGGAAUUCAGUGCGGCUUGCAAUUAGGAAGGUUAUGUAUGCUCCCAUGAAGCAGGGAGACCAGCCCAGUGUUGAGGUCAGCAAAGAGUUCAUGAUGUCUCCCAACAAACUUCAUCUCGAAGCAUCUUUAGACAAAGAGUUAUAUUAUCAUGGAGAAACAGUAGCCGUUAAUGUCCAUAUACAGAAUAAUUCUAAUAAGAGCGUCAAGAAAAUUAAAGUAUCAAUUCGGCAGUUUGCGGACAUAUGCCUAUUUUCAACGGCUCAGUAUAAAUGUACAGUGGCUGAAACGGAGAGCGAGGACGGGUGUCCUGUAUUGCCGGGCUUUACCCUCUCUAAAGUGCUGCACCUCACGCCCCUGCUUCUUAACAACAAGGACAAACGUGGUCUGGCUCUAGAUGGCCAGCUGAAGCACGAGGAUACCAACCUGGCGUCCUCAUCAAUGGAAGGCUGCCCUGUGGGGCCUGGUUUCUCCAUCAGUAAGGUUUUCUCACUGACGCCACUUCUGAGCAACAACCAGGACAAGUGGGGGCUGGCCCUUGAUGGCAAGCUCAAAGAUGAAGACACCAACCUAGCUUCCUCUACUGUUAUCACGGACUCUUGUCAAAAGGAAAACCUGGGUAUUAUUGUGCAGUACAAGGUCAAAGUGAAGCUCAUUCUUGGUCCACUCGUAGGUGACCUGGUUGCUGAAUUGCCAUUUACGCUGAUGCAUCCGAAGCCAGAAGAGGAGUCGGAAAGCAGCAAACCUGCAGCACCGGCUACGUCAUCUCCCACGCAGGACUCUGAGUCGGCCCCACCAGUGGAUGCAAAUCUCAUUGAACUUGACACAGACGGAACUACGUGCUAUGCUGACCAGGAUGAUGACAUUAUCUUUGAAGAUUUUGCCCGCCUUCGAUUGAAAGGGGAAACCGAGGCAUAGCGUGGCUCUCUGUAUGCAGAUUGAUGAGUCUGUUUGAAAUAAUAUUGAAGAUACUAACUGAAGAUACACUCAAGAAAUGAAAUAUUAAUGCAGUAGUGACUGUAAAAGUGAGUUUAAAUUGUUAACAAUAAUUUGCUGUCACCAUAAAAUAAAAAGAGACUAACUUCUCUCACAAAGAGGAACAAAAUAUAUGGACUGCAGUCUGCUGUUAUACGGUAGGUGUCACAAUUACAGAAUUGCCUACUUUGUACUUUGUGCUUCAUGUUUGAGCUUCAACCCUCUACAGACAAUACUGUGCUUUUUUCGUUUUCAUUUGUACACUUGUUGUAUAUGAAAUGUUACCUUACAAGAGGACAAUACUUGAUAGAUUUUAGUCUUUGUCCUAGAUUUUAGUGGCUUGAUCAAGAGCACAAUCAAAGAUUGUAUAAGAGGAUUAAUUAUACUGCGUCGUAGAAUGCUUGCUCCGUGACAGCGCAAGUAUAUUAAUUAGUUUGGUUCUAGUUUGGUAACAUACAGCUGGACUGGAUUGCAUAAAAACAUAUUUUUUUCUACUUGGAUAACUGUUUAAAAUAAGUUUCAUUAUAUAAUGUACAUUCAGUAAAUCAGUAAAAAAAACACUUUUUUAUUGUAAUGUUAAAAAUUGCUGGCAAUACUGGUGUCAUUUUUUUACUUAGAGUAUUUUUGGCAUUUGUGGACAGUAUUUAUAUGAAGUGAUAUUUGUAACCAAUUAUUGGUAGGUUAAAUUCUGUAACCAAAGUUCCAUCAAGAUAUAUUGCAGUACUGAGUUGCUGAAGCAUGAUGGUUAGUGUGAAAAAAUAAAAGUUUAAAUUUUAGUGAAGACCAUCUCAGAGGGAAACUACCUCAGCUCAUUCUGUCCCCCCUAUGUAAUCCAUGUAUUGUGAGAGUACGUAAUGACACUAUAUGUGAGUGUAAUGACACUACAAGUGUAUGUGUUAUGACACUAUACUUUUGUACGUUAUGAUGUUACACUUGUACAUUUAGGUGCUGCACUUAUACGUUAUGAGGCUACAUGUGUGUAUUAUGACACUACACUUGUAUGUUUUGACACUACACAUGCACACACAUGACACUACAAGUGUAUGUUAUGACACUACACAUAUACUUUGACACUACAUGUAUAAGUUGACACCAUGCUUGUGUGAUAUGACACUACAUGUGUAUGUUACGACACUUACAUGUAGUGACAUACACACGCAUGUUAUAAUGCUACACAUGUAUGUUACGACACUACACUUGUACGUUAUGACAUUACACGUAUACGUUACGACACUACGCUUGUGUGAAAGCGUUCUAUAUAAAAAUGGAGGCAGAAGACAGGAUUUCCGUCAAUGUCUGUACCAUGUUAGCUGAGGGCUUGGUAAUGCUGUACAUGUUUAAAUGAAUGGUAAUGGUGCCAUUCUUGACCCUGGUCUUUAAGAUGGAUAUUAUGUGUUAGGGGUGAAUAUUGCUGUGAAUUUUUUGUCUUGUUUAUAAACUGGUCAUUGCCACCAUGAUCACUAUGAUGUUUAAUGUGUCUAAUAUACUGGGAUAUUUUUCAACAUUUGAUGUACUGUGCAGGGCGAAUUGAAGCACUGUAUUGUGUACUCACUGUACUGUGAAGCACUGUAUUGUGUACUCACUGUACUGUGAAGCAUUUUAUUGUGUACUCACUGUACUGUGAAGCACUGUAUUGUGUACAUUGCUUGGCAGUGCUCUGAAGAAAUUGGAUUUGUGCCAUUUUCCUCAUUGAUAUGAGUUAGAAUUCUUUUGCAUUUCUUUAAGUCUGAUGCCCUAGAUAAUGAAGGCAUUUGAAUCAUUAUUGUUUAGAAAGUAGAAAUUUAUGUAUUGGUUCUACCUCUGAUGAAGUAUUAACUAAAAAAAAAAUCACACCUGAAAUCCUUAGUCAUUUUACCAUUAGAGUACAGUACUGUAAUUUAAGUCCUUGAGAGGGGGUUAUACAUAUAUAUUUUAUUAACAUUCAUAAGUGAGAUUAAGGGUAUCUGAUUCGUUUAUUACAUGUUCAAUUUAGCUAACCUGCUGAUAUUAAGGAAAUAGUUAAGUACUUCAGACUGCUUUUGUAUAUUUUUAAUGCUAAACCUUUGUAAAUUUAAAAGAUACUGAAGGAGCUGGGUAUUCAAGUUCCUUCUGUGUUGGUUAAAUAUAUACUGUACACUGUUUGAAGUAAGUAAUGACUCAUUGAGACAGAUAUUGAUUGCUAUAAAAAUGUGAAUUCCAAACGACAUUCAUCUGACUAGUAGACGUAAAAUAAGAAUUUUGUUUAAUUAUA